CCCUCUGCGGGGUGUCGGUGUCCUGCGUGACUGAUCCAAAGCACCAUGAUGGAGAUCUUCUCCGCGUUUGUCUCCGCCGCUCUUGUCUGCCUGGUCAACGCUGGAGCCCACACUGAUAUACACUGGACAUACAAAGAGGGAUCCUUGGAUCAGAUGCACUGGGCAACCAAAUUCCCAGACUGUGGAGGCAAGAAGCAAUCACCUAUAGACAUCCAGCGGCGCAAUGUCAGGUUUAACCCAGACAUGUUAAAGCUAGAGCUGAGUGGGUAUGAGGCUCAGAAUGGACUUUUCCGCAUGACUAACAAUGGACACACAGUUCAAAUCGACCUGCCUGACACGAUGAAGAUCACCAAGGGCCUCCCAGGAGAGUUCACAGCUGUCCAGAUGCACCUGCACUGGGGUGGCCUGGACUCUGAGCUGAGUGGAGCGGAGCACACCAUAGACGGUGUCCGCUACAUGGCAGAGCUCCACGUCGUUCAUUACAAUUCUAAGAAGUACAAUAGCUUCUCUGAGGCCAAAGAUAAGCCGGAUGGGUUGGCGGUGCUUGCGUUUGUCUAUGAUGAUGGUCAUUUUGAGAACACCUAUUACAGUGAUUUUAUAUCAAACCUGGGGAAAAUCCAGUUUGCAGGCCAGUCUAUGAACAUUUCCAACCUCGACGUGCGCUCCAUGCUUCCAGAGAACCUCAGUAACUUCUUUAGGUAUGAGGGCUCCCUCACCACCCCCCCCUGCCACGAGAGCAUCAUCUGGACCGUGUUCGACACGCCUAUCACUUUGUCACAGAACCAGAUCAACAAGCUGGAGAGUUCUCUAAUGGACUUGGAUAACAAGACUCUGUGGAAUGACUACCGUAUUGCUCAGCCACUCAACGACCGCGUCGUAGAGUCCUCUUUCCUGCCACCCCUCGGGAAAGGAACUUUUUGUCGGCAAGAAGAAAUCGAAUCCAGGCUCCACAGGAUCGAGGGUCUGAUAACUUCUCUUGGAAAGAAUAUGUAUUCAGGAGGGCGAUCUUUGAGACCCUUCAAACCUGAACACAGUGACCUCUUCCCUCUGGUGCUCAGCUUCGAUGAUAAAAACGCUGAUACAUACGCUCUGGCUCAACUCAGCAAGCCCAUGGAUCUGGACGCCUUCACUGUCUGCAUGCAUGUUCUCCUCAAGGGUAGAGGGGUCAACACGGUCAUCUCCUACUCCAGCAACGGCCAUGAUAACGAGCUGAUGGUCUCCAUCACUGACGAUACCAAUGUGAGGGAGGUGGGUCUGUGGAUCAGCAACGAGUUCGUCAACAUGCCCCACAGCUUGAAGACCCAAGACUGGACCAACUACUGCGUCACCUGGUCGUCCCACUCAGGUGGGGUGGACCUGUGGAUCAACGGGAUGGGCGGGGAGCAGAGGCACCUCCAAAGCAGCCACAUGAUCAGCCCUGGCGGUACGCUCAUACUGGGCAAAGACCAGGACGGAUAUCUGGGAAUCUCCAACACAGACGCCUUUGUGGGUAAAAUGACGGAUGUCAACAUCUGGGACUAUGUGCUGACCACAGCAGAGAUCCGAGACCAGUUUUUGUGCCAGAAAAACGGCACUAUUGCGGGGAAUGUGUUGAGCUGGGGAAGCAGCAAACUACGCAUUUUUGGGGGCGUGCAGCUGGACAACCAGUACAGAUGUUCCUAAAGUGGCUUUGACAUUUCCAAAAUAAAUUGCUAAAAUUCAAACUUUCCAUGUAAACUAUGUGAGUUUUUGGGAUUCCAACAUGAUUAUAAAAACACUCCCAUCAUAGUCAUAAUAUCUGUGAGACAAACCAACACUUUAUAUUUAUUCACCCCAUAAUGUCACCCACUGCUGCUUCACUUCAGCUAGAAUAUGGGCUCAGAUGUGUUUCUUCAAUACGCUUGUAAAUCAUCUUUGCAGGUGAAGGAAUUCAGGGUGUAAAUUGGGGUAUGGGCUCAAUACCUCAGCAGUAAGCAGCAAUUAAAUGUAGUUAUUUUAGUCACAUUUUUCAACAUAUCAGUGUUUAUUUCCUAAAGUCUACUUAUUUCCCAUGGAAAGUUUCCGAAUUUUGCAACCAUUCUGCUGAAAACCCUGUCCUGCUUGUGAAAUGAGCUCACAAGCUGCAAAACAUCCCAUCUAAUGGUAUGACCUUAGAAAAUGGUGAUGGUAAUAAAAGAUAAAAUGCAUAUCAGGCUCUUGCAGUUCAAUGUUUAAAAUGUUUCAUAGUUUCAUCCAUGUAUCCAUGUCUGUGCAUCAUAAAUAAAGGCCUACGUUAAAAGUU